AGGCCCUGGAAGAGUUCUCAAAUGGUGUCUCAGUCUGGAGACAUGAUUCGAACCAGGUCCAAUGGAGUGGUGCCUCACUGCACUCAGGCCUCAGAUUGUAGACUUAAUGGGCACAUUGGGCCACUUCAGAAGAAAAUGGCUAAAGCAUUAAUAACUGGAGGAGGGGGCUACUUUGGCUAUCACCUGGGCUGUGCCCUCACCAGUGAAGAAAUCAAUGUUGUUUUGUUUGACAGACAAAAACCUAGAUGGAAAGUUCCCAAGCGGGCAGUAUUUUUCCAGGGGGAUGUGAGAGAUUAUGAGACUGUGUUCAAAGCCUGUGAAGGGGUGGACUGUGUGUUCCAUGUCGCAUCAUACGGCAUGUCAGGAUCAGAGCAACUACAAAGUAAAGAGCUGAUUGAAUCCAUAAACGUUGGAGGGACAAAAACAGUCAUCAAGGUUUGCCUUCAAAGGAACAUUUCCAGACUGAUAUAUACCAGUUCAGUGAAUGUUGUAUUUGGAGGGAACCCCAUUGAAGAAGGUGAUGAGGAAACAGUGCCGUAUUUUCCACUGGAGAAGCACACCGACCAUUAUUCCAGAACCAAAGCAAUUGCUGAUCAGAUGAUACUGGCUGCUAAUGGGACACCACUUAAAGGAGGGGAUAAACUUCAUACAUGUGUCAUUCGUCCACCUGGCAUCUACGGGCCAGAGGAACAGAGACACCUUCCACGGAUGGCUAAGAACAUUGAAAGACAGCUCUUCAGCUUUGAAUUUUGGAAUCCCAACACUCUGAUGAACUGGGUCCACGUUCACAACCUUGUACAAGGCCAUCUCUUGGCCUCCAUGGCUUUAACUGCCGAGAGAGGUUAUAUUGCUAGUGGUCAGGCGUAUUAUAUAAAUGAUGGAGAGAACGUCAUUUUUUCUGAAUGGAUAACCCCACUGUUUGAAAAACUGGGCUACAAGAAGCCGCAGAUACACAUUCCUGCUUUUUUUGUUCAUGCAGCAGCUGCCUUACUGGAAUAUCUGCACCUGUUUCUUAAACCAGUUUUCAACUUCACACCUAUCAUGACCAGAACUGAGAUCAGAAAUAUAAUGGUCACACACACUUUUCGAAUUGACAAGGCCCAGAACCAACUGGGUUACCACCCCAAAAAGUUCACACUGGCUGAUACCGUGGAUCAAUACCUGAAAACAAGACCCCCGUGCCAAGAUCAGGCAUUCUCCCCCAUGCCGUUCCUUAUGUUCGGCAUGUUUUUAUCUGUGAUCUUUCUGGCUUUCUUUUUUUAAGAAUGUUUAGAAUGCUUUAUCCUUUUUUAAAAAUAGAAUAAUUAUUUACUAUGUAAUGAAUCACUGGAGAGUAACUCAGGAGGCUGGGUUCCUCUUAGUUAUUUAACUGUGAUGGAUGCAUGGUGUUGUCACUUCCAACAAGUGGUUUGGAUCUCGCUUUUGUGAAUGCAUGAUGAACCGCUAAUUUUUCUAAAUAUUUGCACCAUUGAGGCAGAGCUGAGAGGGGGUUACUCUCUUGGCAAUGAGGGCCAUUUGAGAAUCUUGUUGCUGCUGCAAACCUGGAUACUUCAAGGGUACAUCAUUGGAUGCUUUUGCGUGCCUGCACGAACCUCGCAGAUGGCAAGCUACAUUGAAGUUGUUGCUGUUCUUCUGUAGCCUCAUUUUGCAAACUGUGAUCCUGAAAUGUGAAACAGUAGAUACCAGUCCUUGGAAUGAACUCCUACUGUGGAUUUAAAAUGAUUCCCGAGAAGAAGAUACACAGCGUGCUGCUUACAUCGUUUCUGCAGUCUUGAAGGAAAAUAAAAUUUCCCAAUCUAAACAGGGAAA